GCCAUUUCCACCCUCCUUCAACCACCUAUCGUCCGCACCGGACUGUUGCCGCAUACAGCAGCACCGGCAUCGAGUGCUCACAAACCCCCGACCGCUAGAGACAUACCGCCCGUCACCUUGACCAGUAUUUCCCGCAUCGAUCCUGCCGAAUUCAAACCAUACCUGGCCCAGGUUGGCGCGUUGUACGAGCAACUGAGGCGUGUAAAGGAGAGCGACAACGACGGCGCGGAUCAAGUCUUCCGGCCUGAUGUGGUGGACGAGGCUCAUCAUCUUCGACCUAGCAGUCGAUCUGGCAGUCGGCCUGGGAUUGCCCGAAAGUCAUCUGCAGCAUCAAUAACUGCCAUUCCACCCCUUGAAUCGCCUGCGCUCCGCAGGAGAUCAAGUUCCGGAUUCAGCCGGAGGGCGGCGCAGGGACCACCCCCUUUAAACACGAUCCCGAACGUCUAUUUUGACGAUGACUUUCGGCUCGAGAACCCCCGAACCUUCGAUGUCGUUAGCGAACGGUCCGAGGUUGUACGGCCACCUCCAGGCUCGGCCGAGGAGAAGAGUGCUGCGAAUGGCACCCCAACUGCCCCGCGUAAAGCCCUCGCAACAAAUGCGAUAUUGCAAGAGAAGCUGUCGUGGUAUAUGGACACUGUCGAAAUGCAUCUCAUCUCCUCGAUUUCCACCGCAUCAACCACAUUCUUCACUGCGCUCGGAUCACUUAGGGAGUUGCAUUCAGAGGCAGCAGAGUCCGUUGACCGCAUCAAAACGUUACGCAAAGAGCUCGAGGCUCUUGAUCAGGAGAUCGCCUCCACGGGCCUCGAGAUUGUCGAAAAGCGCAGGCGGAGAGAGAACCUGAGUCAAUUGAAUGACGCUGUUCAACAAUUCCGAGAGAUUGUGGAAGGGGUCGCGACUUGCGAGGCUCAGGUUGAAUCGGGAGAGCUCGACAAGGCACUGGUCAACAUAGAAUCGUUGGAGAGGUUGAUUGCUGGACGAAACUCGAAAGUCGGGUCUGGUCGGCCGUUGCUCGACCUCCGGGGCGCUGUUGCUCUCCAGGGGGUUGACAGCGAUUUGUCUAACCUGCGGUUUCGCGUUGGUAAAGCGUACGAGUCAAGAUUCGUCAACGUACUCCUCGGGGACUUGCAUCGUCAUGUCGAUACCGUCUCUUAUCAAGAAGUCCUGCUUAGAUGGAGCAGUGCGGCCAUGCGGUCUCGAGGGGCACAAGCCAGAGAUCCAUCCGCUUUCCCGGCUUACUUGGCCGCGACCGAGGCUCUCCGUUCUGAUCUGAUGCCCAUUGUGAUAGGCCUGCAUCAAGCAAAGCACAUCAGUAUUGCCAUUGCAUCAUAUCGCGAAGUUGUAUUGCGUGAGGUGCGGAAUCUGAUCAGGCGUCCUUUGCCGAGCUCUAACGAUGACGACAACGAGUCCAUGAUGUCUGUGUCGACUAUGAGUGGCACCAAGUUGACGCAGCAGGAAAAAUCAUCCAUCCUUGCGCGGAACCUCAGAGCAUUAGAGCCUGAAGACGCCGAGGGAUUGUACACCAAAAUCUACAUCGGCGUCACCGAGACAUUGCGAAGGCUAUCAACGCAGGUCAAGGUCCUGUUUGACGUUGCAAGCUCCAUGGGAGAAAUGCCAGACCCCAGUUCAGGACUUCGGUCCCCGUCCGGGCUCAAAUCUCCACCUCUGAAUAGUGCGAAUCGGGAUGUUCAAGAGGACAUCCACCUCACGAUGGACUUGGCAAACCUUCUAGGCCAAGCUGUCGAUGUCUCACAUGAUAAAAUUGUGAAAGUGUUGCGAGUGAGGUCGGACCAAAGCACUCGUCUACCGCUCAUAUGGUUUUUGAGAUACUUUACACUGAACCUCUACUUUGCCAACGAGUGCGAGUCUAUUUCAGGUCGUAGUGGAACCUCUCUGAAGACCGUUGUAAAUCAACAUAUCAAAGACUUCAUACCACAACAUGGCGAUCUGGAGAAACAGAAACUGGCUCAGGGUAUGGAGUCGGAUCAGUGGGGCGCCAAAGACUUUGCCGAAAAGGACAAGAUCCUGCUCGACCGAAUCCUGGAGAGUAGUACCAAAGACUCCGCAGCCUGGUUCGAAAGUAGCAACAUCUGGGCACCUCCAUCGGAGGAAGAGCCUGUCCCCAACGGCCGGCCUCGAGCCGAAUCGAACGGCACGCCUGCCAAAGAAAAGACACGUAGCGCCGUCAUCGACUCGGAGUCCUUUAUUCUACCCCAAUCAGCCAUCCUGUGUCUAGAGGGCAUGUCUCACUUCCUGCGUCUCAUAGUCAGCAUCCCCUCGAUGGCCGCCGACAUUUCGUCCUCCCUUGUAUCCUAUCUCCAGCUAUUCAAUAGUCGCUGCACGCAGCUGAUCCUCGGGGCCGGCGCCACUCGUUCAGCAGGCCUGAAGAAUAUCACCACCAAACACCUUGCACUUGCCUCGCAAGCUCUGGCAUUCGUGUCAACCCUGAUACCACAUGUACGCGAAUUUGUACGGCGACAUGCUACCACUAGUCCUCAUGUCAACAACGCAUCAGUCGCCUCCCUCAUGGGCGAAUUCGACAAAGUCAGGCGGUUAUACCAGGAGCACCAGCAAAGUAUUUACGAUAAGCUAGUCGAGAUAAUGUCUGGACGCGCUGCAGCACAUACUAAGAGCAUGAAGGCGCUCGAUUGGGACCGGAGUGGUCAAGUGGCUGUUGAUGUCUUUAUGGAGACUCUGGUGAAGGAGACGGUGACGCUACAUAGGGUCUUGACGAAACAUCUCCCAGAAGGCACGGUCCAGAUGAUUAUGUCCCCCGUUUUUGACAGCUACAAAAACCAGCUUGCCAAGACAUUUGAGGGUAUUGAGGUGGGCGAAAUCGGAUCACAGCGGAUGCAAGCCGAUGUCAAUUACCUCAACACCCGUCUUUGCAAGGUAGAGAGCACUUUUGCAGAGACGGGGAAGGAGCUUCUAAAGAUCGUCAAUGAGAAGACGCCCGUAGCCGCCGCCGAGGCGGAAUCAGACACCAACGGCGGUGCCAAAGCCGAAGAGCCUGGCAGUUGA